AUGGCGCUCACAUUGCCGAUCGAGAUGCUGUCGAAACUAAAUAUUUCGUUUCGCGUGGCAUUGCCUAGCGGAAAGGUUACCCUCGACCUCAGGUCUCUUCAAGGAACAGACGCAAAUUUGACUCCGAGGUCUGGGUCGCCACUGAGCCAAAGCGGGAUCGAGCUCAGCUUGCAGACGGUCGCCGCUAUGGACGGAGUAUCGCUUUUACUGUCUGCAUCGGGCCUGCGAGAAGAAUCAAAAUUGGAGAACGGCGCAAGACAAUGUGAAGAGACAAACAUACACUGUCCAUUCGAAACAACACCGUUUGUCGUGGACACGGACUUGCUGUCAUGGAACUCCUCCGAUGUCUCCUGGCCGGACUCGUCCCUCAAGCUCUUCACCUUGGAGGAUAGGUUUCCUGUGUCUUCAGCCGCCGGCGUCUGGGACUGGUUGAGCACUGGCAAUGAUACUUCUGACGGUACCGUGUUGAAUGUGGCUAAUAAUCCUCGGCAUUGGGAGCUAUUUGAGGCGAAUAACGGGAUCGAUCUCUUGUCUGGCAGUCCCGCUCGCGGUGGUCCUUCCAAUGACGGAAUACUUAACUUGUUCAGCAACGUUGAACAUGCCAGACGCGUUCUUCGACUCGGCUUCGGGUAA